AUGAAUAGCGGUCGCGGUCUUGUCAAUCUGGAAAGGCGAGGCAAAUGGGAAGAACUUUUCUUGGAAAAGAUCAAAGAACUGGACGAAAAGAAGCCCAUAAUCUAUGGCGGGGAUCUAAAUGUCGCUCACAAUGAAAUUGACUUGACCAAUCCCAAGCAAAACAGAAACAAAACUGCGGGCUUCACUGAUCAAGAACGUGCAUGGUUUUCGAGACUUUUAGAAGCUGGAUUUAAGGAUACAUAUCGUGAAUUACAUGGAGAUAAGCAGGAAUACUCUUUUUGGUCAUAUAUGGGUAACGCUCGAUCUAAGAACAUUGGCUGGCGACUUGAUUACUAUGUGGUCAGCAACAGAAUUUUUGGAAAAGUAAGUUUGCUGGAAUGUGAAGAACACUCGCAUUAUUCCUCUUAA